GCUACAUCUGGAAUACUGUGCUCAAUUUUCGUCCUCCCAGUUUGAGGAGAGGGAUUGAAAGGCUUUUAAUUAAAGAAAUAAAACAGAUAAAGUCUGAAUACGCAGUCCUGCAGAUGCAGUCUUACAAGGUGAAACAAAAUGACCGAAACAAUAAUGACAAAAUAGAGAGAAUUCAAACGGUCCGCAGUAUGUGGGCACUUAUAGAUGAAAUGCUUACAUCUCUGAAAAAAGAAAAGGCAGUUGUGGAUGACGUACUUAGUAUACCUAAAGACUGUGUUGGUCAGUACACUUUAGAUGGAUCUAAUGUUGCGUUUAGAGUUCCACGGCUGUUGGUUCACAGAGUUGAAAGUGACAUACAUCAAUGUUGUACAGGAAAUGUGUAUGAAGCUGGAAAACUGAAUUUCUUAACAGUCAUUCAGUUAUUAAAUGAAGCCCUGAGGACACUGAGAGACGAACGUUGUCACUAUGAAUUAAAACAAUUUCAGGUCAUUGAGAAUAUGAUUACGGUCUGCAAUAAAAUACUACAGAAUUUGAAAGCAAGGAGGCUAAAAAUAGAGCUACAGCAUAGCGUGUCAACAAGUGAAUCUAUUUCUAGAGAACAGGAAGACUGGGAAGUGAAGUGGAAAAGCUUUCUUGGCCUGUGUCCUCUUGGUUUAACCUUAGAACAGAAUCCAGACCUUAAGGUGGCUCUGCCGUUCUCUCCUAAUCCUGCAGAAGAAGAGGAUAGUGACUUUUAUCAGGAUCUAGUUUCGGUUUCAGAUUCUCUGAAGGUUUUGAUAUGGCAAAAAGAAGAUGAGGGGACAUUGGAAACUGUGACAGAUAAAUCAUCACCACCACCAGGAAGCAUCUUUUCCCCCGCUAGGAUCUCUGCAGUGCCUUUGGAGUCGUCAAAAGAUUCUGAAAAUGGACAUGUGUUAAUUGAAAAGAACUUGCAUAUUGAAACUUGCAAUAGGGAAGAAAAGCCUGUGCCACCGGAGAUCUUAGAAAAUGAAAACGGUGAGUCUGUCACUUCAGAGAUAUGGGAGAAUGCAGGUGAUCAUGUUAUCCAAGCAGAGUCUCCUGUCAAAAAAGAAGACCCUCUUAAGAAAGCCAGAGAUGAACUGGCAGAACAGGUUGCAAAAAUAGUGAUGUCCGAGUCAUCUCAGAGUGGUGAAGGAGAAGGAAUGCCACUAGAAGAUCUCAUUAGCGCGCUGGCUUUUAACCCAUUUUUAACAAGGAAACAAAUUCCCAGAACUCCAGAAAAUCUGCUUACUGGAAUUAGAAGCUCAUGUGGAAAAGCUGGUGAGACAGAGGGCUCAUCGGACGUAGAGAUGGCCUCAACUGAAGUAAUGGCAGAAGAAGCACCAGUGGAUGCUAGACCUGUAUUGCAGGAGGCAGCAGACUCUAGAUCUGUGUGCUCUAUUCCUGCAUCUCCUGUACCUGACUUUGAUCCUCCCUUGUCAGAAAGUAAGUUCCAAUCAAGUUCUACAGAAUUGAGACCUCAAGAGCAGAUGAGGAUAAGUCAUACCAGUGAAUCUCCAAUUUUAGAAACAUCUGGAAUGCCAGAGAGUGAGAGAACUGAAGAACAGGAUUUUAAAUGUGUUCUUCUGAACAAAAACUCUGUGAAAGAUCAAGAAGAACAGACUUCUCCAUAUGUAAAGUGCAGCACGAAUAUUCCAGGUAGUUCAGAAAACAGUAAUAGAACAGAUGUUCUACCUUCAGACCCCUCUAGGGGUUCCGUAACGGAUAGGAUGCUGCACUGGAAUGUACGUCCAUCAUUAAGUUCUGUCAGUCGUGAAGCUACCUGCUUGGGGAUAUUGGAAGAGACAUUUCCAGAAGAACUUGGUAAUGUAGAUCUCAACAACUCUACAAGCUCAGGGUCUGAUUUUGAUGUAAUAAACAGCUCGUAUUUAGCAGGUGGUUCAGAAAAUAAGGGGGAUAUUAAGGAGUUCAACACACAUAAAGUGCUGAAAAAGACUGCAUCUAACAGUGAAGAGGAGCUGCAUCAAACACAUAAUGGAAGUGAAUCUGCAGGUUGGAGAUCAGACCUAAACCUUGUGCCACAAAAAAGAGGAGAUGAAUUGUGCAGUCCUCCAAAAUUAUUCUGCUUGGAUGAAGAAUUUACCAAGAUGCCAUCACCAAUACCUCUUCAUGAAAGAAAAUAUUCCCUGUCAUCUGUGAUUGCAUCCUGUCAACAUCUGGAGGAAAUGGCAUCAAAGAUACAAGAAAAUACGUUAGACUUAAUACACAAAUAUAAGCAUGAAGAGCAGCUGAAUGAGAAGGUAGACUCGGAGGAACCAGCAGCAGGACAGGUCUCAGAGGAACCAGCAGGGGGACAGGACUCGGAGGAACCAGCAGCAGGACAGCAUUUGUAA